AUAUAUUGCAGGUAAAUUUUAUAUGUCUGAUAAAUCAUUUAUAGAAUCUUACAGCUACACCCUAUCCCUAGGGACAAUUUCCCCAUCUCUCGUAUCCGAAUGCACUCGAUUUCUCACAAAAUCUAAACAUCCCACACCACCGCCGCCGCCGCACGGUGGGACGCUGACCUUGUGCCCAACCCAACCCACAUGGGGGAAGAAGAGGAAGAAGAUGCGUUUGGGAUCAUCGAUAAAUAAUGUGUGUGUUCCUUACCAAGCCAGUCCUGCCAGGGUACACGCCAUGUGACCCCACACUGCUGCCCAGCUGUUCUUGCUCCUCCUCUUCGAUUUCUUCCUCUUCUUCUCUUCUCCAACUCUCCUUCUUCACUUCCUCCUCCCAUUCUUUUCCCUUUCGCGGCCUUCACAGCCUGUCCCGUUCAACGGCACUAACGGAAGCGGAAGCGACAGCAGCCAUGAGAAGAAGAAGGCUCCGCUUCUCUUCCCUCUUCCUCCUCAUUUUCUGUUUCGUCAUGGCGCCGGCUGCGGCUGAUGAUUUGGAGCUUUUGAUCGCCUUCAAGGCCUCGAUCCCCGACCCUCAGAUCCUCCGGACCUGGUCCGCCGGCCAGUCCUCCCCGUGCUCCUUCGCCGGCGUCGCCUGCGACUCCCGUGGCCGCGUCGCCGCCCUCGACCUCGGCGGCGUCUCCCUCGACGCCGAGUUCCGCGCCGUGGCCUCUUCCCUCCUGCCGCUCGCCGGCCUCCGGAGGCUCUCCCUCCGCGCAGUCAAUCUCACCGGGACGCUAGCCGACGGCGGGGCCGCCCGCUGCGGCCGCCUGCUCGCCGAGAUCGACCUCGCCGACAACCAGCUUCGUGGCUCCCUCGCCGAUGCCCGCGGCCUCGCCACGCUCUGCUCCGGGUUGAAAUCGCUCGAUCUCUCUCGCAACUCCAUCGGCGGGGUUCUUCCGCCUUCGGCGGCGGGCCCCGCCGCCGGCUUCGGGAUGCUCCAAAGGCUUGACCUUUCGUUCAACAAGGUAUCCGGCCCGGACGACCUUGGGUGGUUGUUUUCCAGCCUCGCCGGCCUCCGCCGUCUCGACCUCGUCGGCAACCGGCUUAAUGCCGGGAUCCCGGCGAUUGGCAACUGCUCCAGUCUGCAACAUCUGGACCUAUCCUCCACCGGCCUGAUCGGCGAGCUCGGCGAGGGGGUCUUCGCCGGAUGCCAGAGCUUAGUUUACCUUAACCUCUCCUCCAACCACCUCGCCGGUACUCUCCCCUCUAAUAUCUCCUCCAGCUCUUCCCUAACCUCCGUCAGUCUCUCCAACAACAACUUCUCCGGCGAGAUCCCGAUGGCUACCUUCGCCUCCAUGCCCGACCUCAAAUCCCUAGAGCUCGCCUUCAACUACUUCAAUGGCGGCCUCGGCGAGUCGAUCGAGGAGAUGCCGCAGCUCCAGGUGCUCGACCUUAGCUCCAACAACUUGACGGGGGCGAUCCCAUUGGGGCUAUGUGCGAACCCGAGCUUCGCACUGGAGGAGCUCUACCUGCAGAACAACCGCCUCUCCGGCUCGAUCCCUGAAUCGUUGAGCAAUUGUACCAAUCUUGUCUCCCUCGAUCUCAGCCUCAACUACAUCUCCGGCACCAUCCCCGCCAGUUUGGGCUCCCUCUACUCCCUCCGUGAUCUCAUCCUGUGGCAGAACUCGCUGGAGGGCGAGAUCCCCGCCGAGCUCUCCUCCAUCCCCACGCUGGAGAACCUCAUCCUCGACAACAACGGUCUCACCGGCACGAUUCCGGCCGGGCUCGCCGACUGCGCCAAUCUCAACUGGAUCUCCUUGUCGAGCAACCGCCUGAGCGGCCCGAUCCCCUCUUGGAUCGGCCAGCUGCGGAACUUAGCCAUCUUGAAGCUAGACAACAACUCCUUCACCGGCCCUAUCCCGCCGGAGCUAGGCGAGUGCAAGAGCCUGAUUUGGCUCGACCUCAACAGCAACCAGCUCAACGGCUCCAUCCCUCCCGCCCUCGCUAAGCAGUCCGGCAAGAUCGCCGUCGGGUUAGUCACCGGAGAGCGGUUUGUUUAUCUCCGCAACGACGGCAUCAGCGACCGGUGCCGCGGGACGGGCAGCCUGCUGGAGUUCGCCGGGAUCCGGCAGGAUGACCUCAACCGGUUGCCCAGCCACCGGUUCUGCAACUUCACCAGGGUCUACAUUGGAAGCAUGGGAUACACCUUCAACAACAACGGCUCCAUGAUCUUCCUCGAUCUCUCCUUCAACCAGCUGAGCGGCGAGAUACCCUCGGAGAUUGGGCAAAUGUACUAUCUCAUCAUCCUCAACCUCGGCCACAAUUCGCUCUCCGGGCUCAUCCCUUCGGAGCUCGGCAACCUGCGGUUCGUCGCCGUGCUCGACCUCUCCUACAACGCUCUCGAGGGCCCGAUUCCUUGGUCCUUCUCGCACCUUGCCAUGCUGUCGGAGAUCAACCUCUCCAACAACAAGCUCAACGGGACGAUACCGGAAUUAGGACCACUGCCGACCUUCUCGCCUAACGGGUACGAGAACAACUCGGGACUAUGUGGACUGCCUCUCCCGCCGUGCCAAAGCAAUGCCAGCUUCGACACCGGCGCCCAGAACCAAAGCACUCACCGGAGACGAGCCUACGUCGCCGGAAGCGUCACGAUGGGAGUUUUUGUUAGCCUCUUCUGCAUUUUCGGCCUGGUCAUCGUCGUCGUCGAGAACAGGAAGAGACAGAGGAAAGACAGAGGCUUCGACGACAACUCGAGAGACAUAUACAUCGACAGCCAUUCCUUCUCCGCCACCGGCGGAAUCUCCAAUUGGAAGCUGGCCGCUCUGACCAAGGAGGCCGUCGUCAUCAACCUCACCGCAUCUGAGAAGCCGCUUAUGAAGCUCACUCUGGCAGAUCUCGUGGACGCCACCAACGAAUUCCACAACGAUUGCUUGAUUGGCUCCGGCGGAUUCGGGGACGUCUACAAGGCUCAGCUUAAGGACGGGAACAUCGUCGCCGUGAAGAAACUGAUACACGUCAGCGGCCAGGGCGACCGCGAGUUCACCGCCGAGAUGGAGACCAUCGGCAAAGUGAAGCACCGCAACCUGGUUCCUCUGCUCGGUUACUGCAAGGUGGAAGAGGAGCGGCUCUUGGUGUACCAGUACAUGAAGCACGGCAGCCUCGACGACGUGCUGCACAAGAGGAACAAAGGGUGCAUCAAAUUGAGCUGGGCGGCACGGCGGAAGAUCGCCGUGGGCGCGGCCAGGGGGCUGGCCUUCCUCCACCACAACUGCAUCCCCCACAUCAUCCACCGGGACAUGAAGUCCAGCAACGUCCUGCUCGACGACGACUCGGAAGCCAGGGUGUCCGACUUCGGGAUGGCGAGGAUGAUGAACGUGGUGGACACGCACUUGAGCGUGUCCACGUUGGCCGGCACGCCGGGGUACGUGCCGCCGGAGUACUACCAGAGCUUCCGGUGCACCACCAGGGGCGACGUGUACAGCUACGGCGUGGUACUGCUGGAGCUCCUCACCGGCCGGCCGCCGACAGACUCGCCGGAGUUCGGGGACAACAACAACCUGGUGGGGUGGGUGAAGCAGCACCCGAGGCACCGUGUACGGGACGUGUUCGACCCGGAGCUACUGGCGGAGCAGCCGAGCAUAGAACCGGAGCUCUGCGAGCACCUCAAGAUCGCCUACGCUUGCCUGGACGAGCGACAAAUGCGGCGGCCGACAAUGUUGAAGGUCAUGGCCAUGUUCAAGGAGAUACAGGCGUCGGGUUCGACCGUCGAAACGCCGGCGACCCUGAAGGAAGAAGGCACACUCGUCGAAGAGCCGCACUCGAGCUUCAAGGAAGACGAAGACAAAUUCUUCUAGGGUCCAUUUUUUUUCCAUUAUUGCGGCGGGAGCAAGGAAAAUUGAAUUCGACUAAGAUUUUUCUUUGCUUCUUUUGUCAUGUACAUACAAAAGUGAAAUAUUUUCUUGUCAUAAUAUCAGUGCCUAAUUAUCCA